CAGCAACAGCAGCAGCAAGACAGGGAGCAGCAGGGAGAGUCCUGGGGAGGCCACGGCCAUCCUCCUCAAAACCCCCUUCACACUGGAUCAGUCUUUAAAGACAGUAAAACUAUGAUUAUAAAGAACGUGAAGGCCACCACCACAGUAGAGACCAUCCUCAAGGCCUUGGAUCCCUACGCCUACCUGGAUGAAAGAAAUGUGCGUCUAGUCAAGGGCAAGACACCUGGAGCCAAGUGCUUCUGCUUCGUGGAUAUGGAUUCACACGAGCAAGUGACACGUCUGGUUGAGCUGCUCACCAAACCCAGACCGCUCUACGUCGAUGGAGUCAGAGUUUACGCCGAGGUUGCAAAACCCCUGAAAAACCAGAAUUUAAGGAGAGAUUUUGACAAGCCUAACACGUCUAUUCUUGGGUGUCCACCUGAGCCCAGCAUGGUGGGGCUGCAUCAGUUCUCCCAACCUCAGCAGUAUUCUCUCCCUCCACCUGCUGCUCCUGUUGCUCCUGCUGUAACACCAGGUCAGUUAAUGGGUGGAACCAACCUGUCCUCAGAUCUGGGCGUGAACCAGGGACAUGGCUACGCCGAGAGUCAAACCAUGGAUCCGUCUUUUCACACCGGUGGAUCUCAGGCGCCCACAGAGUCGACCAGUAUGGCUGCCACGGCAGAUGAACCGCAGACGUACGGCAGCGGUGAGGCCUUGAUUUUAAUAUUCCCCGUGUUUUAACUGCACUGUCAGAA